ACUGGAUUAAUAUCUUAGAUGCGCGGGGAAGAUGAACAGUUUGACGUCGCGGUUUAACUCGCUGUUGGCCUUCACAGUGAUGGUGAUGGCGGCGCUGACCUUCCUGGUGUUCCUGAGUACAGUAUUCCAGCAAUCCCGGGUACCAGUCAGCAUCCGUGUGAGCGGCAUCUCUCUAAAACUAUAUGAAGACUACACUGGAAACUAUGAUUUAGGAUCUAUAAAUUUUAGCAUUUUUGUUGAUCUGGGACCAAUAUUCAACUGGAAUGUUAAGCAGCUUUUCCUAUAUCUAACUGCAGAAUAUGCAACUGUGAAGAAUAAGUUGAAUCAAGUGGUUCUAUGGGAUAAAAUUCUUCAGCGAGGAGAGAACACUAGACUUAAUCUUCAGAAUAUGAGCCCUAAAUAUUUAUUCUUGGAUGAUGGAAAUGGCCUGAUAGGAAAUAACGUCUCCUUGUCUCUUGCAUGGAAUAUUGUUCCAAAUGCUGGAAUCUUGUAUCUGAUACCUGCUUCUGGUCACAAAGUAAUACCAUUACCUGAAAAAUAUGAAAAUGUCAGAAGUUGUUGAUAAAAAAAAUUGGUUACAGGUCUAACUAUGAGACUCAACAAAAUUUGGAAAACUACUUUAAUUGCAAUGUCUAAAACUUUUAUAAUUUAACUAAACAAUGCACAAUGUUUUUAAUAAAAGACUGCUGAAGAAAAUGCACCAACAUCUUUGCUUAGAUUAUUUUUAAUAGUUGUU